AUGGAUGCGAAAAUUGACCAGUUGGCACAGUCAACUGAACGUGAACAAGGCAAACUCCCUAGUAAUACUGAGAAUAAUCCAAGAGAGGGGGUUAUGGCCAUUAGUCUAAGGAGCGGAACUCAGGUGGGAGAUGGAAGCAAAGGCAGGAAAGUAAUUGAGAUUGUCGACGACGGAGACAACAAGGAAGAGAGUGAGCACAAUGCAAAGCAAGGGAAUGAUCUUGAUAAGGAAGUGGUGGCUGAUCCUUCAGCCCUUGCUAAGAUGCCUUCCUAUGCCAAGUUCUUAAAAGAACUAGUUUCCAACAAGAGCAAGCUAGAGGAGUACGCCACUGUAGCUUUAACCGAAGAAUGUAGUGCCAUACUUCAAAAGAAGCUACCACAUAAACUUAAGGACCCAUGGAGUUUUUCUAUCCCUUGUGUUAUUAGUGAUACUACUAUCUCUAAAUGUUUGUGUGAUCUUGGUGCUAGUGUGAAUAUUAUGCCUGCAUCCCUUUAUAAGAAACUUGGUAUAAAAGAAAUGAAACCCACGACUGUGUCUCUACAAUUGGUUGAUCGAUUAAUUAAAUACCAUUUAGGCAUUGUAGAAGACUUAUUUGUGCAAGUGGGGAAGAUGGGGAGUGAAAAAGAAGAAUUUAAUAUUCUUAAAGCCAUGAAACACCCAUCAUUUGAUGAUUCUUGUUUUAAUGUCGAUAUUAUUGACCAUGUUGUUUCACAUAUUGUUGAACAGGAAUCGUUCAAGGAGCCAUUAGAAGCAUAUCAAUGA